UAGUUAAGCUCUCAGUCUGAAGUUGGCUACCGAGUGUUUCUGGUGAUUAUUUAAGUGGCGUUCACACAAAGGCAAGAGAAGGUUCAACUGACAAGCUAAAUGGCCUCCUGGGUUUGUGCAAGCCAGUUGUUCCUGGUUGUUCUGUUCAGCUGGAGUGUCCACAAUGUUCCUGUUCAAAAUGGCUGGGGACAGUCUUCCAUGAGAACUGGGAAGGUGAAUCCUGGACCCCAAAAUGCUAAGCCUGAAGGCUUCCGUCCAAUGUCUUCUAAUCCAGCUGGUACUUCUGUAUCAUGGGUGGUUGUUAGACCCCAACGCAAAAGCUCAUUUGUGCGACCCUCCAAUCAAAUACUCCCUGCGGUCUCUCUAGUCCCUAACCCUCCCAAACUCCUUCCUGCUCUGAAGCCAGAAGGACCUGCUAGUAUGUGGCCAACUGAAGCACCAAAGGAGCUUCCCCUCCCUGCUUCUGAUCCUGAAGGCCUUGUGGUGUCGCUGCCAGUUGCAUCUCUGACAGAUCUUUCACCCCAUCCAAAACUACAAAAUCCUUUUGAGAUUCUAGAAAUCACUCCUCCUCCCCCUCAAAAUCCUAAAGAGUCUGCAGUUUCAGUUGUUGACCGUCCUGAAAAUCUUCCUUUGCCACCUUCAAAUCCAGAAGGUCCCAAGGUCUCGUGGCUGGUUGACCCUGCAAAGAAACUUUAUUUUCCUUCCAAUCCUGAAAUGCCUCUGGUCCCCUGGAAAGUUGGCCGUCCUAAAAAUGUCCCCCCUCCUUCAGUUCUAGAAGGGUCUGCAGAUAACUGGUUGGCUGAUCGUUUGCUAAAGGCUCAAACCCUCCCUAAUACCAAAGGCACUGAUACUCCCACAAAAGAAAUGGUUGCUCAUCCACCAACCUCAGAGGAUGCUGCUGUAAGCUGGGUGGUUCAGCCUCCCAAAAGGAAGUUGCUUCUUCCAAGUCCAGAAAGUGCUGAUCCUUUGGGGUUGACCACUGACGAGCAUGAAAGCGACCCAUUCAGAGCUGCUGUUGCACAACUUGGUGAAAUGCCUCUAGACCGCUUUGCCUCUUAUCUUCCACUCACACCUGACCUCAACCUUCCACCUGUUGUGUCAGAAGACUCUUCUCCUUUGAAAGGAGGCCCAGAACAAGGAGUAUCAGAGGGUGAAACUGAGCCCCUUGCAUAUCAAGAAUCCUCUUAUCAGGGUGGCGAGUUAAGCCGCUAUGCCUCCCUCUUUGAACAUGGGGUCUCGGAGCAUGAAACAGAAGACUACGUCAUUCCAGUGUACCUUUACGGUGCAGGAGGGAUGCCAAUUGGAGUUAUGCCACUGCCAUACCUGAACCAGGUUGUGCCGAACAUGUUUUACUUCUUGAAUGGGUGGCUUCCUCAUGGUACUGUGUCACACGUGCAGACAAACUAUGAGGCUGGCGGAGGCUAUACAACUCAAGUUGGCUAUGAAAAAUACCCCUUCCCUGCAACUGAAGGCCCUGGUAUUGACAGCCAAGCUAAGGUUUCUAGCUAGCACUUGUAGGCUUACUGAAAAGAUGACUAUCCAGUACAGAAUUAGACGAUUGAGGGUUAAAGGCAGCCAUAGCAAUUUCUGCAGUUUACACCCAUGGUCUUGACUUGAAGUGUUUUAAAACUUGUAAUAAAGGAGGAAAAAAAGCAACUUUG